AUGUACCUUUUCUGUAUUUUUACUUUCUUAAGCUUUGCAAUAAAUACCGCUCUGGGAAUAUGCCACGAAAUUCCAUCGCGACGGCAACCGCUGCAUACAGUAGUUUACUGGGGCCAAAACGGAGGCAACACAGUUGAGGAUAAUAAUCUCAGCACAUACUGUACCCCGGAGUCAGGAAUAGAUAUUAUUGUGCUUGCAUUCCUAUACCAGUACGGAAAUGGAAUGAUGAUCCCAUCUGGGACCAUUGGCCAGUCCUGUUAUAUCUCCCCGACUGGCCAAUCCUUCCAAUGUGAACAGCUAGCAUCGGCCAUUGACACAUGCAAAGCGAAUGGCGUCAAAGUGAUGUUGUCAUUGGGAGGUGCCUCUGGAGCAUACUCGCUUUCAUCACAGGAAGAGGCCGAGUCUAUUGGCCAGAACUUGCGGGAGGCCUACGGUCAUGCGAACAUAAGUAGGAUUCUCCGGCCAUUUGGCGACACGUUUGUUAAUGGAUGGGAUUUCGACAUCGAGUUCUACAACAAUCCCAGCUACUCUAUCACUGGGGUGGUCAACUACGUUGACUGGGUGCCCAACGUAGCGAACAUUUCCUCGACAGAUGCCAAAGUCUUUACUGUAUCGGCGUCUCUUCGAUAUAAUGCCUUCGAAGAGGUCAUGAAGUGGUCUGCUGGGCUUUUGGACACUAAUGUCGAGAACGGUUGGACUUUCGCUCAAGAGGUGAAGCAAGUCCUAACUAACCUUGUACGCAGCUAA